AUGCCUCUACAUUCCAAGAAAACAGUCCCUGUCCCGCACACGAGCGUGCCAUCCUUUGUUUUCGGAUCAUCGCCCACCGCGUCUCUCCCGGAUGAGCCCAUCAUCCUAGAUGCUGAGCGGCCGGAAGAUAGAUACCUGACGUUGCAAUCGUACCGACGAUGGUCUCAGAGAUUGGCGGCCGGCCUUCGGCGUGACGGUCUCGAAAACGGCGAUAGGGUCUUGUUCAUUGCUGGCAACGAUGUCGCUUGGCCUGUUGUAUUCAUGGGUGUUCUUAUGGCCGGUGGAAGUCUCUCUGGCUGCAGUCCUGCUCUGCCGGAGUCUGCCCUCCAGCGGAUGGCCGAUGGACUUGAACCCAAGCAUAUCAUUGCUUCUGCAGAAGCCAUUGAAAAAGCCAAGAAUGUCGCAAAUACGCUUGGGCGAGUGGACGAAGUGAUCCUGUUCGAUGGCGAAGAUAUCUUCUUAACGAACGAAGUCCCCGGUGACGUGGAAGAUGCAGCUGGUGUUCGACCAUGGCGAGAACUGUUGGCAUUUGAAGGCGAGCCCUUCGAUUGGACUCCGUACGCCUCGUCUCCGGAUCAGAUUGCAGCCAUCAACUACACUUCCGGAUCGACGGGCUUUUCAAAAGGCGCAGUCGUAACGCACGGUAACAUUCUCGCCAACGCUGUCCAGUAUCUCAAGCACCAAGAAGAAGAUCCAUGGUCUUUUGAGCGUGGCCAUCCGGUCCUUUGGCUUUCUUGGGUACCCUUUUAUCACGUUGUCGGCCAGAACCAGUUCUGUGUAAUCUGUCCGAAGCGCGGGCUACCAAAUUACAUCAUGCCUAAGUUCGAUCUCGACAAGAUGCUUGCCCAUACGGAGAAGUACAAGCCAGCGCAUUGGUAUCUCAUGCCACCUUUGUUAAUUACCAUGCUGUCGCAUCCAGCGGUGAGAAAGUACGACAUAACCUCAAUCCGCAAUGUCAUGGUCGGCGGUGCUCCUCUACGACAAUCUGUGAUUGAGCGAUUCGAACAUUUCAUGCCACAUGAGGACUGCAGAGUCAUCCAGGGCUGGGGUAUGACAGAGCUCACUUGCGUGGCUGUCAAUCGUCACCCGCUGGACCGAUCCUCGUGCGGUACGGUAGGAGAGCUCUUGCCGAAUGUUGAAGGCAAGAUAAUGACGCUGGACGGCCAUGCCGAGGUCACAGAGCCGUACAAGCCGGGAGAAAUAUACAUUCGCGCCCCGAGCGUGACACAGGGAUAUUGGAAGCAGGAGGAGAAGACCAAAGAAAUGUGGUUGCCCGAAGGGUGGCUUCGGACGGGCGACUUUGGACACUUCGAUGAGCUGGAGAGGCUUUAUGUCAGUGAUCGGAUUCAAGAUGUCGUUGUCCUAAAGUCACCGGCAGGAGCGUAUGUCCUGCCGACGGAUCUUGAAAGCGCACUUGUGAAUAUUCCGGGUGUGGUUGACGCAGGUGUGACAUCCAUUCUGGUGCCUGGAGCUUCGGAGAAAAGGUUGAGAGGGUUUGUGGCUUUGGAUAGAAGCGUGAAGUUGACCAGAGAGGAUGUUGUGAGGGCGUAUGAGGCGAAGGUCAAAGAGCAUGAGCGGCUCACAGCGGGACUGUUCGUGAUUGAUACGGUGCCAAAGGUCCCAAAUGGCAAAGUCGAUCGUGCUUCUCUUCGAGAAAUGGUAGUGUGA